AUGAUGGACCCAUUCAUUUCUGCUACCUUAACUUUUAUAAUAUCAUUUUCGUAUAUUUUGGCAAUUUACCUACCAGACUUUUCCCUCUUUUUAAAAAACAAAGAGAAGAAAAAUACCAAACUAAAAAGGGACGAUCCUAAAGAGAUUAAAAAAAGGGCUAUUAAAGUUAGUUUAGUAAUAAUAUUUAAUAUUUUAAUAUUUUAUAAAUGGGAGUAUUUUUCCAGUUUUCUAUCCCCAACAGACUCUAAGAUUUCCCUAUUUGAAUUAGGAUUAAUACCGGGUUAUAAUUUAAUAACGAUUAAAGGGACAAAAAUCAGAUAUUGGGAAUAUGAUUUAAAAUUAUAUUUUUUUAAUUGUCUUAAAAUAAGCAAACUUUUUCUGAUUUUAUUUAUUGGACCUUUGGCAGAUCAAUUGUUCAAUUAUAUAUUAUAUUGUAAAUAUUAUAAUAAUAGCAACAACAACAAGAAUAUUAAUAAUAGCAGGAAAAUUAUUCUCAGUGCGAUAUCUUUUGAUAUUUGGGGGUUUAGGAAUUAUGUGUUUGGCCCAAUUACCGAGGAAAUAGUCUAUACUGGUAUAACUUUAUAUAACUAUAAUUUUAAAAACUAUUGGGGGUUACCAUUAUUUUUUGGGUUAGCGCAUAUUCACCAUGGAUACGAACUAUACCAUGAGAACAAAUCUCUAUUAAACAUUGUUGUGAUAGUUUUUAUUCAAUUGAGUUAUACGACGUUAUUUGGGUAUUUAACAAAUACUAUAUAUCUUAAAUAUAACGGGAAUUUGAUGGGAUGUAUACUAUUUCAUAGUUUUGCAAAUUAUAUGGGAUUUCCAUCAUUGAGUCCGAGAUGUUUAUACGAGAAUCCGAUUUUAUUAAAAUAUUCUUCUGAAAACACAAAUAUUAAGAAUAGAAAUGGAAUUUGUAUGUUUUUGGUAAAAGUUAUUAGGUUGAUAUAUUUUGUUCUUUUAAUAAUUGGAUUGUUAGAUUUUACAGUUAAGGUAUUUACAUUGUGA